CCGUCACUUCAUCUUGUGGGCAAAGUAGUUUUAAAAUUCUUUUCAAUCCAAAAAUGUAUAAACUACUAGCUUAAAACAUUGGUUCACUAUACUAACUAAUAGACUCUUAAAAAGGGCUAAUUAGUGUUUAUAAAUUUUGACGCUCUAUUAGUUUUCUAUCAUCAUUACACACACAACAAAAACCGAAGGUUAUGUCUGGUUGUUGAACCUCUUUGAACCCGGAGGGGAUGUGGUCCACACUGCUACUUCUGCUCUCCGCCAUCCUGUGUGUAGUACAGGCGCACCAAUGUCCAUCCCGAGGAGAUUACAAGUUGGCCAGUCCACGAAGCGACUGUGGCUACAUACAAUGUUGUAACGGCAGAGGGCGCUGGUGCAACUGUCCAGAAGGCUACUACUUUAUAGAGAAGAAACAAUGUUGUUUGCCCAGGUGCAGUACAAGUUCAUCUUGCGGAAGAUCUACCACGAAGAGGCCCCAGAAUAAGAGCGGAAGUGGUAGCAAAAGUGGUGGUGGAAGGACUGGUGGUGGUGGCGGUGGUGGCGGGGGUGGCAGUGGAAGUUAUAGCGGAGGUGGGAGCGGAGGUUCUAGCGGGGGCGGGAGCGGCUCUGGGGACUAUCACUGGUAGACUAGAGAGACCUACCAGUCAGUCAAAGUCUAUUGUAACAUGAAUGAUUAAUAAAGUGACAACAUUAGUUUGUU